AUUUUCUCGUCAUUAUAUGACCUACGUAACAUUUGCGCUUGUCGGCCAAGGCAUAGAAUACCCCAAGAUGAAUUAUACUCGCCUGAUUUGCGUAAUAUGGCUGUUCUCAGCGCUAAUUUUGAAUACAGCGUACGUAUCGAAAUUAACGGUCCAGCUGGCCUUCCCAGUAAUACCAGUGCAACCGAAAACAUUUGGUGAUCUGGUUAGCCCAAAAUUUAGCAAUUUCCGCUGGGGUCAAGAUCAAUCUGGGGGUCGAUUACACGCGUUAUUCAAAUACGCGGGAAAUCCAGUAUUUAAAAAAAUUUACGAAGGAAUGGCGCCACCUUCGGAAGUCAUUGACUGCAUUAAACGCGCCAUUUCGACAGAUUUUGCCUGCAUUACCUGGCAAGGGACGGAAUACUAUGUGGCCUACAGGAAUCUCACGCUACCAGGAAAUGCUCCAAUACCUUUAAAAGUUUCCGAAGAAGUCGCAAUGUCCGUCCCGACAGGUAUUGUAAUGCGAAAGGACUCCAUUUAUCUCUCCAUUUUCACCAGAUUUCUCGAAUCCAGCAUGGAAACUGGGCGAAGUGGAAAGUGGUAUUUACUAGAUUUAGAGGAGCUACGUCGCUCCAGGAAAAAGAGAGCCGUGAAUUACAACACUGAUUCAGAUGUAUUCCUAAAACUGAAGAAUUUGAUGGGAACCUUCUAUUUUAUCGGGAUUGGGUGGUUUGUGUCCGUUGGUGCAUUUGUUGGCGAGUUUUGCUUUACCCGAGCUAACAAAGUAUAUCGGGAGAAAUUUUCUGUGCUACCCUAUAGUUAAUUCCAUAGAUCUACUAGAUCUCGUUAAUCUCAUCCCACCAGAUCAAAUAUUUGCCAGACUUGAUAUGUACCACUUAAUUAUGAUACACGGUCAUUUUAAAAGAAAAUUUUUAUUUCUAUUUAGUAUUACAAUCUAGUUUUAAGUUUUUCAUUAGAUAACAUUGAAUUAUAUAUUGAAUUUUGGAAAGAUAUUUUGA